AUGGUGUUGGCUGCUGUCCUCUCGAUGCUCAGAUAUGUGAGCUUCACAGACGAUCGAGAUUUUGUUGAUCGUCUCCACUCAUAUUUCACCUGCAAUAUUCUCAUUGGCUUGAGUAUUUUAGUCAGCUUUAAGCAAUUCGGUGGUAAACCAGUGGAAUGUCUUGUGCCUGAUAUGUUUAGUUCUUCCUGGGAACAAUACGCGGAAAACUAUUGCUGGGCACAGGAUACUUAUUUUGUACCAAUCGAGAAACAUGUAUCAACCUUGGAUGGAAAUGAAAAAAGACAAAGCAGAAUCAGUUAUUAUCAGUGGGUUCCAUUUUUCCUUCUUGUCGAAGCAUCGUUUUUUCGUCUUCCCUCAAUUCUUUGGCGUUAUAUGGGAAGUCAUUCGGGGAUAAAGAUCCACGAGAUUGUGAAAUUGACAUCAGAUCCAAAUAAUAUAAAGCCAGAGAUAAAACGAUCGAAUCUCAAAGCUUUAACAAAUCAUUUACAGGGUGCUCUCCGUUUUCAUCGACGAUUACAUAAACGACAAGUUCGACCUCAUAAAUUUUUGGCCAUUUUCAACCUUCCAUAUUCGGCAUUUUUUGUUACUUCAGUCUACAUAAUCACCAAAUUUUUCUAUUUGGCCAAUGUGUGCUUUCAACUUUUCUUGAUGAAUAGCUUUCUGGAAACGGACAGAUAUCGAUGGUAUGGAUUUGAGGCAAUUAUGGAUUUAUUGGAUGGGAGAACAUGGGAACAAAGUGGAAUGUUCCCGAGAGUUUCGCUAUGCGAUUUUGAUGUUCGAGUGAUGGGAAACAUUCAAGAACACACAAUUCAAUGUGUACUCGUAAUUAACAUACUCAACGAAAAGAUGUUCAUCUUUCUUUGGUUUUGGUACUGCAUGUUGGUUGUGUUCACUCUUGGCUCAUUUCUCUAUUGGUUAUUUGUGGCCAUCGCACCUUCGAUGAGUGAACGUUUUGUGAGUCGUCAUUUGGAGAUGGCUGAUGUACCAUUUGAUCCCAUCGAGUCAAAAAAAGAUGUCGAGCGUUUCAUUGAUACAUAUCUUCGAUCAGACGGAGUAUUUGUCAUUCGAAUGAUCACUUUACAAUCGGGAGUGAUAUUUGGGACUGAAUUGGUUGCCGAACUGUGGAGAUCAUUUAUGGGAGAACCAACGGGUGGAGUGAAAAGAUCGGGAAGUGUUCCACAUGUGUUAUCGGAUAAAGAAUUAGCGUGGGCUCCACCAGAAGUUGACACUGAAGCAAACAAGCUACGAUUGAGAAAAGCUUUGGAACAAAAUCCAAAGGAAACCGAAGCACGACAACUUCUCGUUCAUCAGCCAAAUUGGUCAAAUCAAGCAAUUCCUGAAGAAAAAAUGACUCUAGAAGAACCGGACGGACGAGAUUUUGGAAUGAAAAACGGACAAAAUGGAGAAACAUCUUAUCAAUAUCGAUUUGUUGAUACU